AUAAACCAAACAACUAUCAUAAAGUUAAUAUAUAUAUAUAUAUAUAUACAGCAAUGGAGAUUGUUUCCCCUUCUUACUAUGAAAACUUGAAGAGAUAUUGGAGGAGGAGAAGAUACCAAAGGCUUAGUGGAUCAAACAAAAUCAAGAGGAAGCUGAAAGUAGAAAGACUUGGGGAUAAAGAAACUCAUUCUCGUCGUCGAUGCUCUUGGAAGAUUAGGGCGUUACCAAAGCUGAGGGUAUUGAAACUUGUUUCGCCGGCCAAGCUUUUGGCUAAGUUCCAUGAUUCUUAUGUUGACAUGAUGAUAGGGUUAGCAGGAAAUGUUGCAACAUCAAACCGUGUUGGAUUUGCACGAAAAAGAGUUGUUGCAAAAGACCAGCAGAUUUCAGUGGUUUCUUGUGGUGAAGAAGUUGAUAGUAGAUUGGUUUUGGAGAUUUACAAGAGGUUUGCUGCUUCUCGUAGUCAAGUUGCUUCAUGUUGA